UUCCGCCAUGUCGGCAGCUGCUGAGGUUCAGAGGACGGCGGCCGUGGACCUGGGCGCCCUGCUGGACGCGGGCGACGGCGCGGUCGUCACGCUGGUGGCGGGAGAGACGCGGCUGGCGGCGCACCGCGCGGUCCUGGCCGCCAGGAGCCCCGUGUUCCGAGCCAUGUUCCAGCACGACACGCUGGAGGCCAGCUGCGGCGAGGUCAGAAUCGCGGACGUGGGGGGCCCGGUGAUGAGGCAGCUAUUGUCUUACGUGUACACCCUGCAGGCCCCCCAGCUGACCGACACGGCCCCGGAGCUGUUGACGGCAGCCGACAAAUACGGCCUGUCAGCCCUGAAGGCCGCCUGCGAACAGCAGGUGGCGGCGCAGCUGGAGGUGGAGACGGCGGCGGCUGCAGCUGUGCUGGCGGUGAGGCACUCGUGCCCCAGCCUAACUGCGGCCGCCAUCCACUUCAUAAGGUCUCAAACAUACAAAGUAAUGGCGACGCAGGGCUGGGCAGACGCCGUGCUGCAGUACCCGAAAGACAUCGUCGAAGUCAGUCGGCUGCUCAGUGAGCCACCAGCAGAACCCAGCGCGCCGGCCGCCCCCGCCGCCCGGCCGCCCAGCGACAGCAGCCGGACCGCUGGUGGGCGGAGCUGUGAGUGCGGCGGCGUCAGGCCGUGUCCUGCCUGCCCCUCACUGGUGCUGCAUCCAAGUUUCAAUGACAAAGUGUUCAGGUUUGGAGUUGAGAAUAUUUGGGGCUUCAGUGAAACAAGACAGCAAAUCCAGAGCCUCUCUCAACAGGAGAGAGGGAGGAGGCUGAUAGAGGCGGCCAAGCAGGGCGCGGCGGAGCAGCUGCGCGAGUUACUGGCGGCGGGGGCGGACGUGGGGGCGAGGGGGCAGGGGUGCUGCCUCGUCGGCGCCGGCGCGGAGGUCGACGCCAGGACCAGCCUGGAGCAGAGCACGCCCCUGCACUGGGCUGCACGGAGUGGCCACGCUGGUGUGGUGCGGCUGCUGGUCGGCGCCUCUGCUGACCCCAACGCCAGGGAUCGGUGGGGGCGGACGCCGCUGCACAUCGCGGCAAUGAGGGGCGACGCAGAGGCGGCGGCUGAGCUGCUCCUGGCGGGGGCGGACAGGGGGGCCCGGAAUGAGGAUGGCAGGACCCCCCUGGACCUCGCCAGGCAGGAGGGAAAGCAGGAGCUGGUGGAUAUGCUGACACAACGCUGA